AUGUCUUAUACUUCCUACUCCGACGCGCGCAUGUCGCAUAACUUCCGCCCCACUCCUCGCAAAUCAUUAAGGUCUCCAGAGCGCGAGAUCGCCUUUCGAAAUGAGCAGAUCGCAACGACCAAACGAUCUUUAGUCCUGAAGCCACAGGGUGAUGCACGCUCUGCAGUGUCUUACAGAAUCACCGACGAAGAUGCUUCAUACGUCCGCGCUGGCUACGUUCGCCUCUCGUUGGUAUAUUACCUUGCCCGGGGCGGGGACGUAAAAGUGGCAAAGGCUGCUCCUCAGUUCUCUUGGAAUGGAAGUGUCAUGAACUUUACCUUCCAGAAUAUGGCUGCUAGUGAAACGAAACGCGCGGAAGAUAAGGAGCUUACCCUUAGCGUCACGAAACAUGGAGUUGUGCUGAGCUUCUUUGAUAUUGUCGAUGAUGAUCGGAGAAUCGCGGAGGUGCGCGAGAGUGUCCAGCACAAUGAAAAAUUGAAUUUGAGGAAAUCAUCGCGAGGAGGUCAUCGGCCAGCCUUGGAUUUGAUCGUGAUGCCUGGCGUGGAUGUUUCACUAGUAGCGGCGAUUGCAGUCAUCUUGUCGGAUUGGUAUUUUGGAUCUAAAUGA